CUGAGUCCCGGAGAGAAAGAAACAAAGUUUGGGGUUUUUUUUCCCUCCUUCUGCGCCCCCGCCCCCCUUUCCGAACAGCCUCCCGCGCCCCCCGCGGCGCCCGCCGUGCCUCGCUGUGCAGGACCUGUAACUAAGUGGACCCUACUGACCUCUGAACCACAAAGUACAGGAGUGAAAAGAAGUGGGAGAAGCACACACAGAAAAAGGAAGUGAAUGCACUUUCCUCUGGACUUCUUUCCUGCCCUUUAUUACUAAAACUGAAUGGAAAAGAAAGACUUCUGUGCCUUUCCUCCCCCAGCCUUAGGGAUGGGUGGAUUGUAAAUACUAUGCGUGCGGCCGGGAGAAUAGGCUGAACCAUGAAUCUUCAGGCUCAGCAAAAGUCUUCAAGCAAGAGGACUGGGAAACGAGUUGCCUAUUUUAACGAGCAGGAAAUAGGUGUGUUGUCAAAAGAACCACAGCAGCAGCUUAAGGAAGGACAGUACUAUGGUCACGGAGGGAAUAUACCGGUCUCCCAAACUAUGGAGAUUCCUCACACAGGAGGAUUAACAAGUGCACCCAACAAUGUUGCUUUGAUGAACUCUGUUUACAAUCAAGAUAGGGGAGAAUCAAUGAUGAUGCCCCAGUCAGUAACAGCUGUCAAAUGGCAGAAUUCACUGAUGGGAAACCGCUUGCCAGAGAGGGGAGACAGCCACUGGCAAUCUCCACCUUCAGUGUGGAACCACAGUAUGGUUUUUGGGGGCAACCCAAAAGGACCCCACUCCAAUGCUGGUGCUCCAGGCUUCUAUGGCCACCCAGAGGCCCUUAAAAGAAAUCAAGAGAAAGGAGUGUUCGUGUCACAGCUGGACUUAUAUGGAGAUGCUGUCCAGCAGAUGAUGUCCCAGAAGGCUCAGCUGGAACAGCAAGCCCUGGUUAGACAGCAAGCUCAAAUGAAUUCUUUUCAUCAAAUGCAAAAGCAGCAGCAGCAGAAUCAAAGUCUGCCAUUGCAGCCUUUCCAACUUGCAUUUGGUCACCAAGGCCAAAAGCAAGGUCUUCCUGAGUUGUUACAUGUCUUUCAAGAAGCCCCAGCUUCUUCCAGUCCAGCAUUUACUGCUCAACAAAAGCAGCAAGCUCUUCCUCAGCUACAGCUGUUUGAAAAUUUCUAUCCUCAGCAGCAGCAGCAGCAGCAACAGGCUGCUGCACAAACCUUCGGGUUGCAGCAAACUCCUUCCAUAGCACAGCCUCAUGUGGCAGCUGCAGCACCUCAGCAUCACAUGGUGGCACACCAGUUUCAGCAAACAGAGAGGAACCAGGAACUAUUCAAGGCAUUAACAGAGCAGAAUCAACAGACUGUGCUACCUCAGGCCCAGAUUCCCUUUCCAAGAAGGUCACGGAGACUCUCCAAAGAAGGUGUCCUGCUGACAUCUGCAGGAGAAGUGUUGACUUCCAAGCAGGCAGAAGAACAACCUGGCAAUUUAUUUCUGCAUCACUGGCAGUCGCAUCAGCAAGAGGUCCCAUUACAGCAUCCGUCUGAAUCACUGGCCCACAACAAAAGUGGCUUUUCGCACCCCAAAAGAAUGGAUCUGGAGGAGAAGGAUGUCCUGGUCGAUAGUGAGCAGUGCCAGAUGGAAACAGACAGACAAGCCCCAGCCCAGAAUGGUAGAGAUGAGGAGAAACAGGCAGCAGCAGCUGAAGAAAACACUCAGAGAACUAAUGAUUUUCAGGGAGUCAGAGGUGGUGUAAUCCAGAGUACCCGACGGAGACGACGUGUUUCUCAAGAAGCCAAUUUGCUGACUUUGGCCCAAAAAGCUGUUGAACUGGCUUCUCUUCAGAAUGUAAAGGAAUUGGAUAAUUCAGAGGAGAAGAAGAGUGUGCUGGUAACAGCUCCAGGACCUACAGCUGCAAAAAGUGUUGUGGAAUUUGCCAGUUCUUCACCAGCUCCCAAAAAAGCCCGGGAGGACAACAGCCUUGUGCCUCUUAUCAUUCCUGUGUCUGUGCCAGUGAGAAAAAUUGACUUGCAGAGCCUUGAAAAGGAAAAGUCUGAGGAUGGAAAGCUGCUGAGAGGCCAAACAAACGAUCGAGGUCCUUGUGAACGUAAGCCUUCUGUGAUAGUCACUCGGAGGCGAUCUAAUCGUAAUACUAACGUGGAAACCUCAAGUCAGCAUGAAGAUGCUGUUCCAAAGGAUGAAGCAGAGGGCUUUGCCCGAAAACCAAAGCAGCGGCCAAGACCCGAGCCACUCUUCAUACCACCAAAAGCUGGCACCUUUAUUGCACCCCCUGUUUAUUCUAACAUUACUCCAUAUCAGAGCCACUUACGGUCACCUGUCCGUCUGGCGGAUCAUCCUUCAGACAGGAACUUUGAGCUACCUCCUUACACUCCUCCGCCAAUCCUUAGUCCAGUCAGAGAAGGAUCUGGGCUAUAUUUUAAUGCUAUCCUCUCUACAAGUGGUCACUCGGUUCCACCUCCAGUGACACCGAAAAGUGGUCACAGAACUCUUCUUAGAUCAAAUAGUUCAGAAGUGACCCCUCCGGUUCUUACAGUAGUGGGGGAAGCCACCCCAGUCAGCAUUGAACCGCGAAUAAAUGUAGGAACUCGCUUUCAAGCAGAAAUCCCAUCACUCCAGGACAGGUCUCUGGCAGAAGCUGAUGAGCAUAAAGCAGAGCUGGUGUGGCAGCCAUGGGGUGACCUGGAAACCAACAAAGACACCCAAGAGAACGUGGAAAACCUGCUAGCUGCUGCCUGUUCGAGCAUUUUUCCUGGGGCUGGAACCAACCAGGAGCUGGUGUUGCAUUUCUUACAUGAAGCAAAGGGAAGCAUUCUGGAAGCUCUGACCAAACUGCUGUUGAACAGGCCAGUGCGACCACCUACCCACCCUUUGGCAGAUUAUCACUACACAGGAUCAGACAAGUGGAAAGUUGCGGAAAAAAAGUUAUUCAACAAAGGCAUUGCAAUCUACAAGAAAGACUUUUUCUUAGUCCAAAAGCUUAUAAAAACCAAAACAGUGGCUCAGUGUGUGGAAUUCUACUACACAUACAAGAAACAGGUGAAAAUUGGUCGGAAUGGGACCUUAAUCUUUGGGGACAUUGAUGGUGCUAAUGAGAGAUCUAUGAAAGACGAAGCUGAAGUUGACAUCAAGAGUUCCCAUAGGUUUGCACGUGUUCUUCCUCUCAGAAGGGACAUCUUCAGUGAAGAACAGGGGCAUGUGGAGGAGGAGGAAGAGGAGGAAGAAGAGGAGGCAGAGGAAGGGUUAGAAAACAGGAAGAGGAGCGCAGAUGCUCUCAGAGAUGAACAGACACUACAAGAUGGUGUAAUGGCCAGUGAUGGCAAUAUGAGGAGUCAAGAGGCAACUGUCACAGGCAGAAUUGGAAGGAAGCCGAGGGAGACAACCAUGAAGCCUCGAAAGCUUAUUACUGCUCCAGUGCAGAGGAAGAAGCGGAAACAGAAGAUAAAAUCAGAUGCUACCAGUAAAACUCAAAACACAGAAAACACAUUUCCAUGUAAAAAAUGUGGCAGGGUGUUCUACAAGGUGAAGAGCCGCAGCGCUCACAUGAAAAGCCACGCGGAGCAGGAAAAGAAGGCGGCUGCGCUGAGGCAGCAAGAGAAGGAGGCGGCGGCAGCGGCAGCAGCCGGAGAGGCCCGGCAGGAAGAGAGCAGCGAGAGUGGGAGCAGCAGCAGUGGGAGCAGCAGUGCGAGCUCGGAUGAAGAUGGAGAAAUAUAGCGGCUGACCAGAAGUGGAGGGAGUAGUAAGGCUGGACCCAACCUCCCUCUUGGUGGUCUGACUUCUUUUGCUUGCACUUUCUUACCUGAACCAUCAGGUCUCGGUUUCAGUGCUGCCAUUUCCUCAUGCCAGAUGUUCCACUUCACCUUGCCAGUACUGACCAAGCCAGAAUGGUGGAUAACUUGGAUUUUUUUUUUUUUUUAAGACUAAUAAGAUUUCUAUUCUAUUUAUAAUGAUACCCAAGGUACAUAAUAGAACAAUGUCACCUGCAGUGGAAGUGAGUUCUCUCAGGUCAGUCAGACCUUUCUUUUUGUUCUUGUCAGGAAUCAUGGUAACAGGACUCUUGAAUAUAAAGGUUUCCAGACCAGCGCAAGAAAAUGAAACUCUACUCUGAGCUAAGUGUAUCCAGUUACUGUGACACUGGUAACUUCUAGAUGUUUCCUUUCUCAGUGAGUUCUCCUUCCUGUUAUGCUUUCCUGCCUUUCUUUCUGAGCAAUUAUUCAGGCAACCAACAAAUUUUGUGGAAAGAUAGUGUGCACUUUUGACCUCUGUUUCACAAAAACGAAAAGUGGGAUAAGCAAGACACUCUUCUUCCUUUUGAGAGGAAGUUUUAUUUUUCAAGCAGAAGCCUGAGGUCGUUUCUUUCAUGGCAUUAAGAAUGCAGCAAUGGAUAUAAAAAUACCCUGUGGAAUUAGAGUAGCCACAGGCCUUGCGGGUUGUCUCAUCUUGGAAAACAAAAUAAUAUGCCUUUGAUUAACCUUAAGGAAAGUAGUCUGGGCUUCACAAGUGCAAUUUGAAAUGAAAACUGCUGGGUUUGUCUUUGCAUAAAUGGGAGCAAGUUUGUUUAGUGAAAAUGAACCCAGGUUUUGUGCACUGGAGUGUGUGCACUCAGAGAUGGGAGGAAUGGACUCUCAUCUCCAGCAGUGAUGCCUCUGUGAAUGUUUUUUAACUCUCAGUAUCCAUUUCUGUCUUGUGGCAUCCCUCAUUUACUUCUUGAAAUUGCCAUCAUCAAGAGCUUUUAUGAUGGGGCCCUAGUUUCCCAAAUACUUCCUGUCAGGCAGUAUGUACGUGCAGGAGAAGCUUGUCACCUAUUUACACGCCAGUGGCUGGGCAGCACUGCCUGCUGGGUUGUCCUGCUGUGAGUCGUGCUCUUUGCUGAAAGGCUGACUCUUCCUUCAGAACCGACACAAGCUAAUAGCCAAAAAGUCUAGCCACCAAAAGCUUCUGGUGAAAGAGAGUUAAGAAGUAGUAAAGUGGUCCAGGUGACAGAUGUUAGAUUGCACAGGAUUGUUCUUUUAGCCCACGUUUAUCAUUACUGUGUAAGGAUGCAGAGAAUCGGAUCACUUCCUUGUGCUUCAUGACUGGUUGAUCCCAGCCUGUACCCUGUCUGCCCAGCUCCCUCCCUGCAGCCAGUCCUUGGAGCAGCACUGAUCCCCAGCUUCCUGGGUGCUGGCACUGUGUCGUACUGGCAGCACCGAAGGAGCCCAUAGCUCCUGCAUUCCUGAGCAGGGAUCCAAGAGACAUUGUUGGAUGUGAACCACAGACUGCCCGACUGGCAGAUUUUUUUAAAAAAAUCUUGACCCUUCAAGCUGCUAGAUAAAUUCCUGAUUAUCUAUGGAAAGUGGCUUUAACUCCAACAUGCCAUCUGGCAGUCUUCCUGCCCCGUGGUUUUAUGCAACCAUGAUGGCUUCACUCAUUUGUUUGGGAGGCUCGUGUUGUACCAUGUUUGCUUUGACAUAUCUAUGCCUUUGCAUAGAAUCCUUUUUCUUAAUAGCAGAAACAGUUCCUACUCUUACAAAAUCAGUAGGAGUAUCAUGAGGACUGCACUUUUUGCAAUGUUGACAUUUUGCCUGUAAGUGUUCAAUUUUCUGCCAAGGUUGUAUUUUUCAUUCCUAUCAAAAUUGGGUUUCCUUUCAGCAUUUGGAUGACUGUUUCAUGCAUGGGUCUUGCUGACUAACUAGGCUGUGGAAGCAGAUGGCACUUCAUGAACUGUUAAAAUCAUUCAAAAACUACAUAGAACUAAAAGCUGCUAAUCUUUAAAAAGAAGCUUAAGCAAAUCAGUCUUCCUGUUAAGAGUUUCAGUGUUGAUUUUUCUCUCUUUUUAUUUUAUAAAUUGGAGAAAAUGCUUUUCUGCCAUUAUCCUAGGGCCUUUGGGGAGAACAGAAGCUUUAGCACACUGUGCCAGGAUAGAGACUAGGUGAAGCAGCUGGACCUCAUGGCCCACUUAUAGUUCUGGAAUUAAUUCCAGUAAAAAAAAGUGAUGCAAAUAAACAAAGUCCUGAAGUAUGUUUCUGGGAAGUUGCCAGAUGCUGAGAACUUCAGGGCAACAGGUCAGAAACAAGCAGGGGUUGUGAGUGUAUCUAAAUAGGAUUUAAAGUAAUGUAGAUAUUCUACACUAUAGAUGUAGAACCUGAUCCUGUUGUAAGGGAUGUAUUUGUCUGGAAUACCUGUGCUGCAGCAGGUAUAUAACAUAACAUAGAAACGGAGGUGGAACUCACACACAUUGAGAAACAUGGCAAAAAAUUAAUAUUUUUUAGAUUGGGGAGGAGAUGUGAUUAAACUUAAGUUAAUCAAAGUGACUUAGGAAAAUGCUGUUACUGUUCUUGCUAAAGCAGUACAAAAUCAAUCAGUGUAAUCUCUUAGGGAAAACCAGAAGCUGUUCAUAUUGGGACAAACCAAAGUUCUGUCUAGCUUCAGGUCUUGUUUACAACAGUGAUCAGGAGCAGUUGCUCAGGAAAAAGUGAGGGUCAGGAUGAACUAGGUGUAGUUCCAGCUAGAAAACAGGAUGCUAAGCUAGAAGAAUUUAUGUCUGUUCUCUGGUAAGGUGAAUCUGCAAAGAGUUUUGUGCUGAAAUGAACUGGUCUCCUUAUGGGCAGAAAAUCAGGGUAUUUCCCUGCCUUUUACCGUCCCUGUACGUCACCUGCAUUUACUUUUUUAUUUUUUUUUAGUGUCUGGAAGUCCGCCUGGGUGAUAAUGAGCAAACAUUUAGUCAUGGCCCUUAUGAGUUUUCAAAAUUGAAGUAGUUUUAGCUAAGGCAUAACAAACUAUGGUGACAAACAACUGAUCAAAUAAAAUGAUCAGCUGAAUCCUUUCAAGAACAAAGAUUUAGGGAGCAAAUCAUGGGAUUGCAUUAAGUACUAAUUCUUUCAGAUAUGAUGAUGCAUGAAUGCAAGCAUUGUUAUAGUCUUCCAAAGACCAGAUCUUUCACUGAUUUUUCCCUGUUUUAGGAAACGGAUAUAAUUUUUCCUCUGAUCGGGGACAAAGCAUUGAGGUGCUGAUAAGGAUAAACUGGAGAUUUUCUUUACUUGCACAAAAAUGUUGUGUAUAUUACACACUGAUUCCAGCACUGGUUGUUCCUCUCCCACCCUGCUGCAGUAUAAGAGAACAGCAAGACUGUACACAGUGAGGUCUGUCACUGGGAGAAAAUCAGAAAAGGGCUUUUUCUGAGGAUAACCUCUUCAACAGCUGUGGGUUACCAUGGCUGACCACAAUCAGAUAAAUGUUCCAAGUAAGUGCCAUCAAGUUGGAAUGUUUCUGAGCAGAUUUACAAAUUGCUAGUAGCCACCAGAAGACCUCUUUUCUGUCAUGGUAAUAAGGAAAACUAUUCCUCCAAGUAUCAUCUUAAAAAACAAACCAGCAAAACCAAACCUGCUGCCCACUUGCUUACAGUAGGAGUUUGGAAUUGAUCCUACAUUUGAAUUAGAUCCUGCCUAGUAGCAAAACUUGGCAGAGAAUUGUUUAAAAAAACUUCAAAAGCAAAACCCCAAAACCAACCCAAUUUCUGUGGACAAAGCAUUUGAACAAUUUGAAUUUGUCUAAUCUGGAGUGAGUCAUGUUCCUACUCUUGGUAGGGGGAAAAUAACUUGAGUGGCUCUUUACUGCAGUACAGUGUUAAAUUAAGGCUGUGUUGUUCCAGUUAGGGUUUAAAAAAGCCCACACCAAACAAGCAAACUUCUUGUCUGUGUUCUGUUGAUAUAUCUGUUUUAAAACUCCAUGGUCAUUAUUUUCCAUCAUUUGAAGGCCUAUUGAUUGGUCCCCAUUUAGUGUAAGGGUUUGCUGCUAAUUUAGAAAAGGGCAGUAAAAGCUCAGUCAUUAAGUCUGAAGAAGGUGUCCCUUUGCUUUAGCUCUUUCUAUGGGAACAAAUACAAGAUUUAUAGACUGCGAUUCUGUAAAUGUGUGCUAAUAGAUUUGCCUUUUACAGUGCAAGAUCAGGCUCCAGGUGGCUGUAUUUCAAAACCAUUACCUGAGUCCCGAUACCAGCAUUGGGCAUCACAGAGAUGCAGCGACAGGUCACGUUUUGCCCUGGUCAGGUACUUCUGCCUGUUACAAAUAAAUUCAAUCUGUCAGGUUUGUGAUCUGCAUGGGAUAGCAUCUGAUUUUUUUAAGACUCUGUGUGUGUAUGUAAUUACUAGAUAGGUGCAUGCACUUGUGAUGCAUAUCUGAUACAGCUGCAGGUGUUUUGCUGCAAGAACCACUCUGCAUUUUAUUUAUUUUGUGUUUGUCCAUUUACUGAUACAGAUAAUGGUAUCUGAGAGAACUCAGCUCUCUAAGUUGAAGGCCUACAGAAUCUCACUCAGCUGUGCAGGACUGUGGCAUUUUGCUGGCUAGGAACAGGUAGGAAUGGAGCUGCUUAAAGGUAGGGCAGAGACAGAAAUUCAAAAGCUUAAAGGUAACUCAUCUGUGAAAUCCCAUGGUAGACAAUGUCCAAAUUAGCUAAAAAUAAUCUCUGAUUUGUCAAACUGAGACUUUUGAUUAUUUUUAUCACUGCAACAAGCUUAAAUUAAAAUCAACAUUUAAAAAAAGUGUUUCCUAAACCACUCUGAGCAGUUACGCACUUCUUAAUUCUCUUUCAGGCAGUGGACUAGAAAGUUUCUAUAGAUACAUAUCUUAUUUUAAAGAAAUGGGAGUAGGGAGGACUGUUUGCCAUAGGAGUCUUCUCUGCUUUCAUACAAUGGCACUUUUAGUCCAAUGCUUACGUCUGCCAGAAACCUUCUUCUAAUCCACAUUUUCCCACACAAACUUUCUCCCUGCUUUAUCUUCUGAUCUAUGUCUGGAAGUUUAUAAAGCUUUAAAGAGACAGAGAAGUAGAGUCUACAGAUUAUGUUUGAUUUCUGUGGGGGUGAGUUUCUAUGUAAAUUUGUCACUUGGGUUCAGCUGCUUUACUCGCCCUCCUUCUCUCCUGUGUCAUAUGUUAGGAAGACACAAACUUUGAAUUCCCAGCUGUCUAAGGAUCUUUCUUUCCAAGACUAAGAUUCCACUGACAGCUGAGCCUGAGAAAAAAACCCUAACUUCUCCAGAUUAGAUGACAAUAUAUAUUUUUAUAGAAAUGUAAUUGUGUAUUUUAAAAAGUUUCCUGCAGCUUCACCACAUGUAUUUUCCCCCUUGUAGUUCAGAUUUGAUAUGAACUUUUUUUUGUGUUCACUCUUUUUAUGUUCUGUUUUUAAAUUUGUAGUCAAAGCUUUGGUGUACUGUACAGGAGCAGUCUGCCUUUGUAAUUACUGUAUAAAUGCUUUAUAAUAAAGUAUAUUACUUUUAUUUUAACAAGUGAGCAGACACUUCCUUUUGUGUGUCUGCUGCCUAGGGCACCUUUUAAAAGACUGUUAUGUGUUUAAAAUGUACAUAUAGAAAUAUAUUUACCUGUUGCUGUACAGUUGUCAUAGACUGGACUGAAUUUAUUUUUUGUGUGCUUUUUUAUAAAAUAUUAAUACACUAAAGGAAAUCUUGCUGAUGUGAUUGUAAUGUACUAUGUAACUUAUUUACUUAAUAUCCUCCAUAUAUCUAAAAUACCUUUUAUUAAAAGAGGUUUAAAAAAUA